AAACAUCAGUUCACGCUUGUAAUUCACUCGAGAAAGAUGCAACUGAAAGCUCAAUGUCUUCGUGGUUUGUUCUCUCUAACAUUGGUGCUUUUAUUGCGUAGAUGGUUUGUUACAAGCGUUAAUGCAUAUCCAGUACAGCUUUUUAAUCCUUGGAUAAUAAGACCGCUACAAAUAUUACCGAAAAUGAUGAAAGCAAGGAAGUCUGCUAGUAGCCCAAUUAUUAGCUACAGACUUGAUUCAUGGUCUCAAUACAAUAAUCCUGAAGAAGGAGCACAACUAGAAGGAGAUAUACGUCGGAAAUCGAGAAAAACCAUUACAACGGAAAAAACUUUACUAUGGCCUAAUGGUAUCGUGAAAUACUAUGUUCAUUCAUCCAUAGUUAAUGAGCCGCUAAAAUUCGUUAUGCUAGAGACUGCGUUACAUAUAAUAAUGUCGAAGACGUGCAUUAAAUUCAUCCGUAUUGAUGACUAUACAGAGCUUUCAAAAAAUAGUGGUUGGGUCAAUAUCACAGGUCAUGAAAAGGGUUGCUACUCUGAUAUAGGAUAUAACGUGUACGGGCCUACUAUUCUAAAUCUAGACGUAAAGGAAUGCUUUUACACAAUUGGACACUCAAUACAUGAGAUGUUGCAUACUUUAGGUGUAUAUCAUGAGCAUAUGAGACCAGAUCGCGACAAGUACAUCAACAUAAUAUGGAAAAAUAUGAGAAAGGAAGAUGAAUUCAACUUCGAGCUAUUAAAUAAUAGUAUCGUAACUAAUUUUGGAUUACCGUAUGAUUACGAUAGUAUAAUGCACUAUUCUAUGACGGCAUUUUCUACUGAUCGGUCACUUCCUACAAUAAUACCUAAGAAUUUUUAUGAGGAGAUUGGUCAAAGAAGUCACUUAUCGUAUUACGAUAUAAAAAAAUUGCUAAUUGCUUAUAACUGCAACACUGACAGUACUGACAAAUUAAAAAAGAAACCCUUCAACAAACCUAAGAAACUGAAGAAACUUCCUAAGCGUAAAAAAUUACAAGAUACAACAGUCAUUAAAACAAAAAAAAAUCACAAAUGUCGAUCAUCAUUAUAA